AUGGCGAGCAGUCGAUUUCGUGGAUCUGAAGUCAUGAUUCUAGGCUUGAGUCAGAAAAUAAGACGGAUCCAAAAAUCAAGUGGACCAACAUCACUUGCAACAGCAGCACCAUCAUCGGUACUCCCAGAAGCUGAGGCUCUACUGAAAUGGAAAGCCAGCCUCUCGCCAGCAGGAAGUUGCCGAGCUCUCCAUUCAUGGUCGCUUCCUGCUGCUAACGCUAGCACCAUCACGAUCUCUCCAUGCAAAUGGAUUGGGAUCUCAUGCAAUGGCCUUGGAAGUGUAACAGAUAUAAGCCUACCGCGAGAAGGCUUACAAGGUAAGCUUGAUAACUUGAGUUUCCCAUCAUUUCCAAACCUCCUCCAUCUCAAUCUCAGCGGCAACAACCUCACUGGAACCAUCCCAGCCCGUAUUGGCACUCUUUACAAACUCACGUCCCUAAAUCUGUCAGCAAAUAAUUUAAGUGGAUCAAUGCCUCUAGAAAUAGGGAAUCUUGUGAAUCUGAAUGAGCUAGACUUGUCCAUUAACCAUCUAGAUGGAUCCAUCCCUUCCACUUUAGGAAACCUGACAAAGCUUACCAUCUUGUUACUGGACCAAAAUCAAAUCUCUGGCUCCAUUCCUCCACAAAUCGGAAAUCUACAAGAUCUGGUUCAGUUGUCAUUGUACGAAAACAAUUUGAAUGGUUCCAUCCCUCCCGCUUUGGGUAAUUUGAGCAGCCUUGUAGUUUUGCAUAUCUACGAUAACCAAAUUUCUGGUUCGAUACCGCCAAAAAUAGGGAAUCUAGUUAAUCUCAAGGAGCUUUCCAUGUACCGUAACCUUCUAAGAGGUUAUAUCCCUUGUACUUUAGGGAACUUGACCAUGCUCACGAUUUUGUCUUUAGAUGAAAAUAUGAUUUCGGGCCCUAUUCCUGCAGAAUUAGGGAAUCUCGAGAAUUUAGUUAGGUUAUCUUUGUCCAAUAACAGUCUAACUGAUCCGAUCCCUCCUGCUUUAGGAAAGUUAACCAAACUUACAUUUUUGUGCCUUUAUUACUGUCAAUUAUCUGGUUCCUUGCCUAGAGAGAUGACAAACAUGACAAAUCUUUCUAAACUCUUUUUGGAUGGCAACAACUUCUCUGGCUCUUUACCUCAUUUAUGCCACAAUCGAGCUCUUCAAGUCUUCAACGCAGUUAACAACCAUUUCACUGGUGAGAUCCCAAAAAGCUUCAGAAAUUGCACCGGCUUAACAAAAGUGCGACUCAAUGGGAACCGACUUGCUGCAAAUGUAUCGGAAGUCUUCGGUGUAUACCCACAUCUCACAUUCAUGGACAUCAGCGACAACAUGUUGUUUGGUGAACUAUCACCCAACUGGGGAGAAUGCCGAAACCUAACAAAGCUACAAUUCUCCAGGAACAGGAUCACUGGUAAAAUUCCUCCGACAAUUGGGCAGUUGAAGCAGCUAGGAGUGCUUGGUCUUUCUUCCAACCAACUAGUGGGAGAGAUUCCAAAGGAGUUUGGGAGGCUGACUUCUUUAUUCAGCUUGACUUUAAAUGAUAACCAGCUUUGUGGUCAGGUACCCCGAGAGAUUGGAAAACUAUCCAAUUUGGAGGUUCUUGACUUGUCAAUGAAUCACCUAAGUGGUCUAAUACCACCUCAAUUAGGCGAUUGUUCCAAACUCCAGUAUCUCAAAUUAAGUAAUAAUUUUUUGAACGGAAGCAUUCCUUUUCAGAUCGGUAACCUAGUAUACUUACAGGGCUUACUAGAUCUAAGCCAUAACUCCCUCCAUGGAGAGAUAUCACCACAAAUCGCAAAAUUGAUUCGGCUGGAAAAGUUAAACCUCUCCCAUAACAUGUUGUUAGGCUCCAUUCCACCUUCUUUUCAAGAAAUGUUGAGCUUGCAAUCCAUUGAUUUUUCAUACAAUGGUUUGCAAGGUCCUGUUCCCAAUAGCAGAAACUUUCAGAAGGCUCCAACAAAUGCAUUUAUAAAAAACAAAGACUUAUGUGGUGAAGUGAAAGGUUUGCGGCUAUGCAAUGCUUCUUUAGUAAGUCAUGGUGAUGCCAGGAAAGGCCACAAAGCUGUGAUAUUCAUGAUUAUUCUCUUCCCAAUAUUGUUUCUUUUAUUUGGAAUAACUGGCAUUUCUUCCAUUUAUUACCAAAGAAGAAGAAAUAUAGAGAAAGUAGUCACUGAAAGGAGCAGCAGAAAUCCAUUUUCAAUAUGGAACUAUGAUGGGAUUGCCGUGUUUGAAGACAUCGUGGAGGCGACAGAGGGUUUUGACGACAAAUAUUGCAUUGGAAUUGGAGGGUAUGGAAAAGUUUACAAAGCAAAUCUAUCAAUAGGCAAAGAAGUAGCUGUGAAGAAACUUCACCCAUUCGAAGGUGGGGAUCAAUCUAAUCAAAGAAGUUUUAGGAAUGAGAUAGAAGCAUUAACAAAAAUCCAUCAUCGCAACAUUGUGAAGCUUUAUGGCUUCUGUACCCAUGCUCGAUGCUCAUUUCUAGUCUACGAGUACUUGGAAGGGGAAAGCUCGGCUAGCAUUCUAAGCAGUGAUGAAGGAGCUAGACAGUUGGAUUGGACUCCAAGGAUGAAGGUUAUUAAAGGUGUGGCCCAUGCUUUGUCUUACAUGCACCAUGAUUCCACCCCACCUAUUGUCCAUCGAGACCUGUCAAGCAAAAACGUUCUGUUGAAUUCAAAAUUCGAGGCUAGUGUCUCUGACUUCGGCACUGCACGAUUGUUGAUGCCUGAUUCCUCCAAUUGGACUAUGCUCGCAGGCACUUACGGAUACAUUGCCCCAGAGCUUGCAUACACAAUGAGGGUGACUGAAAAAUGCGACGUGUAUAGCUUUGGUGUUGUGGCACUUGAAGUGAUGAUGGGAAGGCAUCCUGGGGAGCUCAUAUCCUUUUUGUCAUCACCAAAUAAAGAAGAUACACUGCUAAAGGAUACAUUGGACCAACGUCUCUCCACUCCCAUGGCAGAGGUUGCACAAGAAGUCGUAUUUGUAGUGUCCAUGGCACUUGCAUGCAUUCGACUGGAUCCAAACUCUCGACCAACCAUGCACUACGUGGCUCAGGAGCUAUCUGUUGGUCGGCCUUCUUUCUCUCCAGAGCCAUUCCAUGCUCUUACAUUGCGUCAACUGAUGGAUUAGCCGGGUGAAUGAAAAUCAUCGAGGUUAUGGUCAAGAACAUUAUUAUUGUGUGUCUAUUGUAUGAAAAUAAAAGCGCACACAUGUUUUUCUUGUUAUGAUACAUACAUAGUUCAGUGAAUGGAAUCGGUGUUUAUCUAGAAUGUAAAUUUUUAGGAAUGGUGAUAAAAAUCCAAAUGUAAAAAUAGUAAGUUGAAAGA